CUCAACUGUUGUCAAUUUCAGUUUUGUAACAUUCAUGGUUAUAUGUCUUAUAGAUGCUCGUCUAUUAUUUAUUAUCAACUGGAGCAAAAGACAAUCGGACUAACUGAUUGUACAACAGGAAGUUAAUAUUGUUAAUGCUCCAUCAAUUCAAAUGGGCAACCUGCACGUACAACCCCCAUCGCUGCCACAACAUGAUCAAGAAAUCCAAUCUAGAAACCUAAAACUAGAAAAGGCUAGGGAGAAUUAUGAACUGGAACAAAACACAUUCGGACUUUCUGAUAUCGUGCAGAGGGAAAUCAAUAUUGUUAAUGUUCCACCAAUUCUUCGCAAACUUCCAAAAGAAGAACGGUGGUCAACUUUGACCUUUAUGAAAUAUAAAGCCCGAUACAUCUUUUUCUUUUUCUAUGGACUGGUUUUUAAUUUUUUACAUUGUGGUGGAUGGACAAUUCGCAAAAUGAUCAAUCAUUUUACAUCUUCCUGCGUACUUAAAGAACCAAAGGGCUGUGAAGUGUGGAGAACCGAAUCUGUAGAUGGACCAAAUCAAACUCGUAAACAAAAAGCUCAAAUGGACCAUUGGUUUGCAUGGCAGAGACUGAAUGGUGUAACACGAAAUCUCAUCAAGCUGGCGACCGAAAUUCCUCAACAAUUUACACCGUUUGUAAAAACAAUAGAAAAUGACCAUCCAUAUCUAGGAGGAAAGUCCCUAAAGACUCAUAUACAGGACAAGACAUUGUUUAUUGUGGACCUGACUGAAGUAUCUUUCAAUGAACCGUCACUUUUGGCGCCUAUUGCCUUAUUUACAAUAUACACCAAUGUGCUGAUGCCAGUAGCAAUUUGUUUUGACAAUAGCCCUAAUAAUAAUGAGGUAUACACUCCACCUCCAAGAGAUUCUGAUUCUGUAGACAAACUUCAAAAGUGGGUCAAAAGCAGAAUGUGGUUCAAUAUGUUGGAUGCUCAAUAUCAUGAAGCGAUCAGUCAUUUAGGCGAUACACAUCUAAUGAUGGGAGGAGUAAGCGUGUGUGUGCACAGAAAUCUCUCCGAGAGGCACCCAAUAUACAAAUUAAUGCAUCCUCAUUUCCACAACAUGCACUUCAUAAAUGAACUGGCUAUAUUGGAUCUGAUUGAACCUGGAGGAGUCAUUGAUAAUAUAAUGUACUUAGGCCAAAGGAACAUGGUGAAAUUGUUAGCAAAACACAAUGAAAAAUGGUCAUUUGAGGAACAUGCAUCAAUAGAAGAUAACUUCCGCAAGCGAGGUGUCAUGGAUAUACCGGGAUACUUUUUCAGGGACGACGCCCUACAGAUAUAUGAAGUGAUACGAAACUACGUUCACGAAUACGUUACACAUUACUACGAUGUUGACAAGGAAGUUUUACAAGACCAGGAAAUUCAGGCCCUCAGAGCUGAACUUGUAGCACCUCGGUCCAUGAAUGGAAUGGGAGGCUGUGGAAUGCUGGGUCUACCAGAGUUUGACGGCAUAGCUAAUGUCGUGACCGUGCUGACGAAUUUCAUUUACACCUGUAGCGUGGAGCAUUCUGCAUCAAACUUUCCACAGUAUGAACAAUAUGCCUUCCCUCCAAACAUGCCUCUUCUUUUGAAUGGCCAACCCGACGUAGAAACCGGUUUGCCUAACCUUGACGCAUCAAUGCCAACAGGGCCGGAAUUUUUCUCUACAAUACAAAUAAUGGUGACUUUGAUCACUAUUACGAGUAACAACCUUGGCAACUAUGAGUCUGUGUACUGGAAUGCCAUGGACGAUGUUGGAAGACAAAUUGUGCGAAAAUUUCAACAAAACCUGAAAACAGUUUCGUACAACAUAAAUCAAAGGAAUAGCUCCAUUGUGAAUUCUGAACACAAGAUUCAUGAGUACCCCUACGAAUAUCUGCUUCCUAAAAAUGUUCGAAACUCCAUAAGUGUUUGAAGGAUUACUUCCCCUGUUAACUUUAACAC